GACUUCUCCCGGGCUCAACACAGAACAACAGCGACCCCCACAGGACGAAUUUCUUUUAACAUUUGGGGCUUCUGCGAGAGAAACCUUUUAGCUGUUGUCGGGCUUCCGUAGCGGAGUCCUUUGCCCUGCCUUUCCUUCCACGGUUACAGCAUGGAUCCUGUCUCCAACUUUAUUUCGGUGUUUUAGUGUCACUUUGGCGCUAUAUUUGGAUCGACAGCCGUCGCCUGGACACCGUAACAUACCUGGACGUUAUGUUCACAACCACCGGUUCUCGUGGCCUUUAUAAGGCUCCUCUGUCGAAAAGCCUUCUUCUGGUUCUAAAUGGGCUAACUGUGAUGCUCACCCUGCUGCCACAGUACCAAGACCUGUUUGUUUACCACCUCCAGGCUAUCACACAGGAGCAUCAGGUGUGGAGAUUAUUGUGUGCCAGGCUGGUGUGUCUCGAUAUCAAGGACUCAUUCUGCAGCAGUUUGCUCAUUUACAACUUUCGAAUCUUUGAAAGGAGGUUUGGCACCAGGAAGUUUGCUUCCUUUCUUUUUGGUACUUGGUGUCUUUCUGCAUUGAUGGAUUUCUUGCUGGCAGAGGCUUUCCAGUUUCUGUUUUACUAUGAGGUGGAAGAACUGCCUUCGGGACUGCUUGCACCAGUCUUCUCUCUGUUUGUGCCUUUCUACCUGUCGAUCCCCAGGAUGCCAGUCACACAGGUACUGGGUCGCAUCCACAUCACCAACAAGUCCCUGGUCUACAUAGUAGGCUUACAGCUGCUGACUUCCAGCCCUUUUAUGUGGCUCCUUGCACUCAGUGGAUUGAUCUCAGGUGGACUGUACCACUCCAGUGUCCUACGGUUACAGAAGAUCCUGUUUGUCCCCAUCUGGGUGUCUCGUAUUGGACAAUAUAUUCUGGAGCCAGUCUUUUCAAGCUCCCAACCUACCAGCGAGACACCUCUGGGGAUGGGUGCCACUCUUGACGUUCAGAGGCAGCAGAGGAUGGAGCUGCUCGACCAACAGCUGCUACUGGCCGAGUACAACGAGGCCAGGACGAAUGCCAGACAACAGCCACAGAGCGGGUUGCUACAGUGGACAAGGUUAUUCCCUUCACUGAGACACAGAGGACAGAACCGCGUCCCGGUGCAGCCCCGUCCUCAGCCUCAAGCCCACCAAUCCACACAGCCACCUUUUCUGGACAACUCCCCUGUAGCAGAAGAACAGGUUGCACGUUUAGUGGAAAUGGGCUUUUCCAGGAUCGAUGCCCUCGAGGCGCUCAGAGCUUCAAAUAAUGACAUUAAUAUGGCAACAAACUUCCUCUUGCAACACUGAGGGAAGCAGCUCAGUGAGGGGAAAGAGGUGACAGAAAGAGAAAGCAGGAACCAAAGCAGACGAGCGAAAAGCUAAGCAGAAAGCAAAUAAUUCAGAGUCGAAGAGAAUAAAUAAAGGAAAGGAGAUGACAAAGCAA